CUUAAACGCCGACUGCGACCUUCAUUCGACACGAAGGAGACACAACAUCCCCACCUCCACACCCUGCCUCACUGUUGCUUUUCUCUCUGCCUUUCAGGACACACUCGGGACAGGACAGAAGCCGGCCGGCCCAGCAGCCCGGAGCGCGUUUCCUUUGAUGGACGCUCUCUUCACGGCGACAGUCCAGACACAGAACAGCAUAGUGUGCUAAGUUGCACUACGGCAGGAUCCCUCCAAUCGGAGCCUGAUGUCCUGGAGGCCUGCGGCGUCUCCCUGAGACACCUGGGGGGGCCUCAGUCCCGCAGCGGGACACCGAGCUCCGGGUUGGCUUUCACCCUGAACCCUCCGGCCCCAGUCAAGCUGUCCCACCCUGCCUCCUCUCCCUCCUCCUCUCCUCCUCCUGCUUCUCUUCCUCCCCCCUUCUGGUCCCCACAGGCCCACCUGGCCACCCAUUCGGCUUUCUCCCUCCAUGAGGGGUGGAGGGAGGCACCGGGGGGCCUGGAUGUGGACCCCCAGCCUCUUCAUCUUGAUUCAUCCGAAGACCAAAGAGGCCUAGGAACACGAUGCCGCGACAUGUCAACUUUAACAGACCUUUGUUCAGACCUUUGUUCAGACCUGCCUGAGCUGGAGAUAGUGAGCCUCCUGUCAGAGGGCCAGCCCAGCUACACUCUUCGAGCAGACAGCGUGUUUGGAUACGACAACGACGACUGGCUGCACACCCCUCUGCUGCCACCGGAGGUCGUUUUGGGACUCACGAGCGAGCAGAUUGAAGAGACUCUCAAGUACUUCUUGCUGUGUUCGGACCGAGUGGGCCAGGUCACCAAGACGUAUCAUGACAUCAAGGCGGUCACGCACCUGCUGGAGGAGAAAGAGCGGGAUCUGGAGCUGGCGGCGCUCAUCGGUCAAUCCCUCCUGAAGCAGAACCAAGAAGUGACCGCACGCAACGAAAUGCUGGACGAACAGCUGGAGGCCGCAAAGGAAGAGAUCGCUCAGCUGCGCCACGAGCUCUCGAUGCGAGACGACCUCCUGCAGUUCUACGCCGGCGCCGAGGAGAUGGAGAACGCCGCGUCGCAGUCACCAAUAAAGAAAAACGAAUCGUGCAGUUCUCUCAGCAGCUUGGUCCACUACGACUUCAUGCAGCAGAAACUGAAAGGCUUGGAGGACGACAACCGCAAACUGCGAAUAGAGGCCUGUGAGCUCACGACGGAGACGGCCAACUACGAGGAGCAGGAGCAGGAGCUGAUGAUGGUGUGCGUGGAAGAACUCACGUCCGUUAAUAAGCGGGUCGUCGACCUGUCGGAGGAGCUGGCGCGGAAAGGGGAGGACUGUCUCCGGCAGCAGGAGGAGAUCAGCUCGCUGCUCGCGCAAAUCGUUGACCUGCACGCCCGCUGCAAAGGGGUCAGCCAUGAGAACGAGGAUCUGAACCAACAGCUGAGUGCGUCCCGUGAGAGCCAGCUUCGUCUUCACUCAGAGCUCAAGGACCUGCAGGACAAGUACUCUCAGUGCGAGGACAUGCUCCGCGAGGCCCGGGAGGACAUUAAGAACAUGCGUAAUAAAAGCCUGCCCAACGGCACGGUGCAGCGCUACACGCCGCUGGCCUCCGUCCUGCCCAUGGACUCCCUGGCAGCCGAGAUCGAGGGCACCUUCCGCAAAGGCAUGGACGCCCCGGCCCCCCCGGAGUACAAGAACCACCCGUGGCGCGUGUUUGAAACGGUGAAGGUGGUGAACAAGCACGUGAGGCUGCGGUCCCGCGGCCCCUCCCCCAGGCUGCCGGGCUCCAGCCCGCUGUCGGCCCGCUCCAGUUGCACCAGCACCCCCCGAACCAGCUACUACGGCUCGGACAACGCCAGCCUCACGCUGGAAGACAAGCCCAGCGUCAAUAACGCUCAGAAAGUAGACAACCGACUCAGUGGGCCUAAGCGUCUGGGCCAGCCGGGCACACCGGGAGGUCAGGACCUCGAAGCCGCCCUGCGCUGCCUGUCGGCCCGCCAGCAGAACCACUCCUCCGAGCGGCCUUUCUUCGACGUGGAGCGCGAGCGGAAACUCCACGCCUUGGCGGGCGACUGCGACGAGGCCGAGGGCUCCAGCGGCUUCCUGACGCCAGACGACAGCCUGGCCUCCAGCCCGGCGGCGUCAACGGGCACCAACUACUCCAACGGCAGCUCGCGGCCCUCCUGGGGGUCCUCGGGGGGAUCCCGGUCCUACCUGCCCGACCGCCUGCAGAUCGUCAAACCUCUGGAGGGCUCGGUGACUCUGCACCAGUGGCAGCAGUUGGCCAAACCAAACCUGGGAGGCAUCCUGCAUCCACGCCCGGGCGUCCUGACUAAAGACUUCCGGCAGCUGGAGGUCGACUUCCAGCACGUCUACAGUCUGAACGACCCGGAGGAGGACGAACCGGACCUGUCGCAGCUGUCUGGAGAGCACGGCAUGGUCUCUCCACCUGGUCCCAACCUCCCUCAGACCUCUCCCACUCAUACCAUUACCACCUGCCACGUCCUGCAACCCUCCCUUCUCAUCCCAUCCUUAUCCGCUAGCCUUCGCUCUUUCGGCCUGCCACCUUGUCGGAGCCGUGAGCUCGUGAGCGCUUCGUCAUCGCCGCCGUCCCACCAGCGGCCCGUUGGCGGAGGAACCCCGACCACCACCACCAACACCACCACCAACACCACCACCGAUGUCACCACUCCAUCACUGGGACUCCUGCAGCUGCUGCAAGAGCGUGGCAUCUCAGCCUCUCCUCAUCCACACCACCACCACCAGCUGCACCACCAUCACCACCACAGUACUGAACCUCCACCCGCCACAGUAAAAGACAAACGUGGAGUCUUCCCAGCGGACAAAGAGGGACGAGCGUACAGCUUCAGUUUGAACUUGGUGGAGAAGCUUCGAGGCCUGGGGCUGCACUGGGUGGCGGCCUGGGGGACGACGGGCCGCACGGGAGGAGAGGGGCGGCCGGACGUCCUCAAGGACUCUUCGUCACUUCCUGCUCCCUCAUUCCCCGUGCUGUGACUUCACAUCCAGACACGUGACCCCCCCCCCACACACACACACACACACACACUGCCCAGCUCAGGUGUCUCUGGUGUGUUGAAAACAUAAGCCACAGAUUGUGCUAGAGCCAUACUUUAAGUUGUCGGUGGUGACCAGUAAUAUUAUUGUGUGUGUGUGUGUGUGUGUGAGAAAGAGAGAGAGAGAGAGAGAGAGAGAGCGCGAGAGAGAGAGAGCGCGAGAGAGAGAGCGAGAGAGAGAGCGAGAGAGAGAGAGAGAGAGAGAGCGCGAGAGAGAGAGCGCGAGAGAGAGAGCGUGAGAGAGAGCGCGAGAGAGAGCGCGAGAGAGAGAGAGAGAGCGCGAGAGAGAGAGAGCGUGAGAGAGAGAGGAAAAUCACAUCACCUGAUUAUCGGCAGUGUGUUUGACUUCAUGAAGAAAAACAUUUUUAUACCGUGUUUCGUGAUGGUCAUUUUUCACGUUUUCUCCACCACCGGUUUUUAAAAAACCCAAAAAAACUCCCGAGUUCCCAAAGUGGAACGUCACGUACGUGUAUAUAACAACGUUGUCUUUUGAAACAUUUUAAAAAGGACUUAUGCAGUAAAUUAUUGUUAGUUGAAACCACAAACUGAACCCAUGUGUUCACACUGAAGAACUGAUUUCAAAUGCACUGAAAUGCACUCCGGUCUUCCUGCUCGUUAGCUGCUACUUUGAGAUUAGCAUGUUGUAUAUAAGAUUGUUAAAUAUGUACCGAGUUAAACACUCGAUGGAGGCGCAUUGCGAUGUAAGACGACGGCGCGCUGACUCAACUGAAAGGUGUCGAUGAGAACAUCUGCCCCGGAGUUCACCGCAUGCGUUCACGUGGCGCGUGUUGCCACGGCGACGGCCUCACCUUUCCGUACUUCAUCCUGAGCGACACCUCGCCGAGAUGAAACCGGGGUUUGCGAUGCCGCGUCAAAGAUUUUUAUUUAUAAGCAAUAUGUACAUUUACUGCACUGAGUUCACUGAAAAUAUUGCUUGUACAAAAUCUGCUGAAUAUCAUCAGGACUCAAUUUAAAAAAUAGUUUUUUGGGGGCAUUCGAAGUGAGUUGCCCAUGACGUGAUGGGGAAUGCCGAUUUCAAGUCCUGAUUAUUUAAACUAUUUGUCUGAACAAUCAACUGUAGCAAAAGGCAGAGGAUACUGUGGAUUAAAAAGGGAAGAAAUCACAAACACGCGUUUUAAUAAUUUGUGUUGUGACUUCAAUCAACCAAACCGAUGUUUCUCUGUUCUGUGUUCAAACUUUACCACCUGUGAAUAAAAGUCAGCAUUUUCAUGAUCCAG